GGUACCAAUUGCGAUGUGAAAAUUUGCUUGCCUUGGCCUAUAAAAACCCCCUUUCUCUCCUCAAAACCCUUCUCUUCUCCAUCUAUUUCAUCACUGUUUCCUCCUUUUUCUUUGGUGGCUUUUCUCUUCUUCUGGGUAAAUCCUUUCCCUGAAAAACCCCCAUUUCCCAGGUUUGAUUUUGGAUCAAAACCCAUUUUCCAUGCUUAGAUUUUGGUGAUCAAUUGAAAGCUGUGGUGAUAAACUGAUAGUCUUCAUGUUUCUGAAUACCCCUCUGUGAAGAAUCAAAAACCAGUCUUUAUGAGUUAUCCAACCCUCUUGCAGAUCUGUUUCCUUCAAUCUUUCUCUGUUGUGCUUCUGUACUGGCUUUAUGUAACCCCAUAAAUCCCCAUUCUGCUUCAUUUGAAUUUCAAUUCCUUGCUAUAAAAUUCAUAUAGUUGUAAAUAUUUUCUUUGUAAGCAUCCAAUUGUGAAGAUUCAAUAAAUCUUCCCUUAACAAUUUUUGAGGGAAAGAGGAAUAAAAAAAUGGGUGGCCCAAGGCAAACUAUUAGCUCUGCAUCUGAAGAAGAUCCUCAGUAUGCGAUGAUGGAUGAGAAGAAAAGGAGAAGGAUGCUGUCAAAUCGGGAAUCGGCCAGGCGGUCUAGAAUGAAGAAGCAGAAGCUUUCAGAGGAUUUGAUCAGUGAAGUGAGCAGACUGCAGAAUUUGAACAAGGAGAUAAAGCAAACAAUUGAUGCCACUACUCAAGGAUAUCAAAACUUUGUGUCUGAGAAUAAUGUUUUGGUGGCUCAAAAGAUGGAGCUGGUGGAUCGGCUGAAUUCUCUGAAUUUUAUACUUCAAAAUGUGCAAGAUGUUUAUGGUGUGCCCCUGGACAUUCCUGAGAUCCCAGAUCCUUUGCUGAAGCCAUGGAGCCUUCCUUGCCCAUUGCAACUUAUCCCGGCUUCUUCAGACAUGUUGCAGUUCUGAAUGAACCCGAAAACAAGCAUUCAGUACUGGGUCAUUUUGGCAGCUUUAAUCUCAUCUUAGAUCGGUUUGUGUCUUGUUCAACUGUCAUCUAUUUUCACAUGUCCUUUUAGAUGUUAGUAUGCUAGUUCCAAAUCUUGAUAAUGGAGUUUGUAAACUUAUGGGUUCCAAUUGUUGUGAUGAUAUCGGAUUUUGAUCACCAUUGGUGACUGUGAUUAUGGUAUGAAUUGUAAACUUUUGGGGUCUUAAUCACUUUGUGAUAAUAUCAGACUGUGGCCACCAUUGACGACUGUGAUUAUGGUAUGAAUUGUUAACUUUUGGGGUCUAA